AUGAAGGAUAUUGCUCUCUCGCUACUGAGUCGAGGCUGUGGUCAUGUUGUCCAGUCACAGCUGGGCAGUCAAGAUGGACGCCUGGAAGUCUACUUCGAACCUAAGGACUACUAUCGUUGGAAGUCUCAGCCCGCCCUGCUCCGCUUAUCUAAGAGUGGCCGUCUGCUGUGCGGCGUGGAACCAGCGCUUCCUAAAACCUACAGCACAAGACAGGGACCCCUCUUCCUAUACUACCAGGAAAUGGCCAUGACGUCAUCGUUUCUGUCAUCAUGCCCCUCAGGGUCAGAGGACAUCAGGAAGAGGCUGGCCUCCCAACAUUCCAGACAGGAAGUGGAGCUCCAACUGAACACUCUGCGGGACCUGACGGGAGCCAUACUGGCUUAUGGGAAAAAACAGCUCCGUGAGGAAGGAGAAGGCAAUGUCCUCCCUAUCCCCUCCAGUCAUGAGACUUACUAUCCUCCCAUCAAGCCCUUCUACCCCAGACACCCCACCAAGGGUUGGACUCCCUUCAGGUCUACCUGGAACCGCCAGGUGGCCCCCACCCACCUGGAGCAGCUUACAGGUAACACGCAGGACAAGCCAAAGGUCAAAGAUGAUCCGGAGCUGUGUAGGGGCCAUGUCGAGAGCCCACGCCCCACUCCAGCUACAGGUGGCUUUUGCAUCCCCAGGUCUGGCCAGGCAGUCUCCCACAAUCCCUACAGGCAACCUCAAGGUCCUUUACCACCUAUAGAAGAGGUGAACUGCUACACAAGAGAUGUACCUCAUCCAGCAUCAGGUUUGGAGGAGCAGGAGGCUAGGCUACUGAGGGGAGUGAAGUUUGAGGUCACGGAUGAGACACCCAGGGUUCAGAUGAGUCCCAUCCCAGAGACAGAGCCUCUUUGGCGGGUAGAGAGUACAAGACACCUCCCUGGAGAUCCACCUCACGGACAGGCUGCACAUCAGGAAGUUGGGAGGCCUGUGUUUAUACACCCUGAUGACAGGUACAGUAUCUCUCCGACCUUCUAGAGCAGGUGAGGGGAGUUCCUUACUGAGACCUAGACAACCAGGUGAGGAGAGUUCCUUAC